AGUCUUGACCAAUUUUGUUACUUUAUUUACAAUGAAGUCUCGUGGUGAAGAAGUGAUAGAAACUCCUGAUCUAUCUCAUUUGAGUGUAACUGAUUUCGACCACGUUUAUGAGCCACGAGAAGAUUCCUUUUUGUUUCUGGAUGCUCUUGAGAAAGACCUCAGUUUGAUCCACUCUUUACAACCUAGAUUAGGCCUGGAGGUUGGCAGUGGAUCUGGAGUGAUCUCUACAGCUGUGGCACGGGCCUUGGGAUCUACUUGUUACAUGAUGGCCACUGACAUUAAUCCAUUUGCAUGUAAAGCUACGCAGCAAACUGCUUUGAAGAACAAAACCAAUGUAGCCUGUAUGCAGAUGGAUUUGGACACAAUGAUGAGAAUGGACAAUUCUUUUGACUUGCUUUUGUUUAAUCCCCCAUAUUGUGUAACUUCCAAAGAUGAGUUGAGUCAACCAGAAGAAGGUGGUUCAUUUCUUCAUUUAGCCUGGGCUGGUGGCAUUCAGGGCAGGGAAGUCACGGAUCGCCUCCUACAUCACGUAGGAAAAUUGCUGUCACCUAAAGCUCUAUUCUAUCUGGUUGUUAUCAAAGAAAAUGACCCCGAAGAAAUCAUGAAUGUUUUAUCCCAUCAAGGAUUUCAAGGACACACUAUUGCCAGCAGGAAAGUGAAAAAUGAAUGUUUAUCAAUUUUAAGGUUUUGCCGGGGGUUUUGAUUUGAGCAAACAAUUCACAUUCCAACCGAAGUCCUGUGUAUAAUGUGACCUUUGUCAAACUCUGGCUAUGUAACGCUAUCCAUCCUACUGUUAAAUAUUUCUCAAAAUGUGCUUAAGCUUUAAAAAUUAUAUUUCUAUUUUUUUGUAAAAACAA